AUGUCUUCCAACUUGGGCGUCCUGGCGGCGAACGCGGCAAGCUCUGCUGAAGCAGGAGCAUCUGGCGCACCACCUCCUUGGCGACAAUUCACGUUCUUCGAUGCUGUAACAGUCAAGGACAUCCAUGACUUGGAUAGUACUCCGGAUGUAUUCAAGUCGACCCCAGAGAUAUCUACGGUUAUAGCAUCUUCUUUUGGCGUUCUAGUCGCAGACAUACACGGAAGCAUCUACCUCCUGAACCGGGAAUUCGAAUCUAUAAGCAGCUGGGUAGCUCAUGUUGGCGGCAGAGUGACGCACAUGGCUGAGAGACGCGGGGUGCUGAUAACUUUGGGCGAAGAAGACGCUGUGAGGUCUCCGUUGCUCAAAAUAUGGGAUCUGGAAAACAAAGACAAGACGAACACGCCAACCCUGCUGAGGUCGACCAAAGUCCAACUCACCAAUAGGCCACAUCCAGUUACAACGGUCGCCCUCUCUGCUACGCUAGCCCACCUAGCUGUUGGUCUAGGAGAUGGCACCGUCGUUCUCUACCGACACCUCGACCAAUCUCUCGCUUCUUCAACAUCCCUCACAGCCCUACCAAAAGUCCGCACUGUCCACGAAUCGCCUACCGAGCCAAUAACAGGCCUUGGCUUCCACGAACCCACAGAAGAUUCACUAAACACAUACCUCUUCAUUGUAACGACCAACCAUGUUCUCUCGUACCAAGCUGCUGGACGAGGGAGUGGCGGCACUGCAACAGUGGUGGACGAGAUUGGUGCCGGUCUUGGAUGUGCAACGAUGGAUUUGAAGGCGAAGAAUGUUGUCGUUGCUCGAGAUGAGGCGGUAUACCUAUGUGGGGUUGAAGGUCGAGGACCAUGUUAUGCUUACGAAGGCCAUAAAUCAUCUAUCCACUCACAUUCAACAUAUCUUGUCAUCGUCUCGCCACCUUUCUUCCCCACUGGAACCUCACAUUCUGCCACAGUCCGGAACCUUGUCGCGCGAAUGCCUAACGUCACAGAGACCGAUGUGACGAAGGUUACGGUCUUCGAUCCGGAGAACAAGUUGGUAGCAUACACUGGCAUCUUCAAGCAAGGCGUUCGGGAGGUGAUUUCGCAGUGGGGCAACAUAUACGUCCUCUCCAGUGAUGGGCAUCUGAUCUGCCUGCAGGAAAAGUCGACGGCAGCGAAGCUCGAGAUGCUCUACCGCAAGUCGCUUUACACACUUGCUCUUAGCUUGGCGGCUACCCAGAAAUUGGACGAUGCUAGUGUUGCUGACAUUCAUCGACAAUACGGAGACCAAUUGUACACGAAAGGCGACUAUGACGGCGCAAUGCAGCAGUAUGUUCAGACUAUUGGACAUCUUCAACCCAGUUAUGUGAUUCGGAAGUACCUUGAUGCACAGCGAAUCCAUAACCUUGUCACCUACCUCCAAGAACUUCAUUCCUUAGGACUCGCCAAUGCCGACCACACAACCCUCUUGCUAAACACGUACACUAAACUGAAAGACGUCUCGCGGCUCGACAGCUUUAUCAAGACUGAGUCGAAACGCGGCUCAGCUAAUGGCGACGAGUUACCCUUUGACCUGGAGACGGCGAUCCGCGUGUGCAGACAGGCAGGAUACUUCGAACAUGCGUCGUAUCUGGCGAAGAAGUACGAGCGACAUGAGGAUUAUCUGCGGAUACAGAUCGAGGAUGCUGGCAGGUUUGCGGAUGCGUUAGCAUAUCUCAGGAAGUUGGGUCCUCAGGCGGCAGAGAGCAACCUUGCCAGAUAUGGUCGGGCUAUGCUUGAUAGCCUACCCGUUGAGACGACGCAGCUCCUCAUCGAUCUAUGCACAUCAACUGGCCCACUCCUAACAGAAGAACCUACCGACAUCCCUUCAUCCGCUGUAGCGAAUGGAUCCAGCUCAAAACCAGCUGCCCCAGCGCCCUCGUAUCUCUCCUAUCUCGCUCUGAACCGUGGCUCGACAGCUGCAACAGUGGUCUCCUCAGAGACCGCCACCCCACCCUCUCCAUCUAUCAAGACUGUACGAGCAGACAAUGCAUCGACAAGACGCGGUGAAUCUGUUUCGUACGACGAGCCCUCAACGUCGAGAUCAACACCACCACCACAAACUGCAUCGUCACUCGUUGGAACGAGGGGUGGUCAACCACCCAGUGGACUGCCCCCAGGCACAGCCGGAACAACGAGUGCGUUCGUUCAACCCGAGCCAAAGCCUAAACGUCUAUCACCACGGAUAUAUUUUCCUCAUUUCGUGGACCACAUGGAGCAGUUCGUCGUGUUCCUUGAGACGGUCGCCAGCAGGCGGUGGGCGCAGAGCGUGGAAGACCAACAGCCUGGAGGGCCGAUUACCACGUACUCAACGAGAGCAGAAAGCGUCAACUUGAACGAUGAAGUGGAGUUACCUGAAGACGAGGCGGCGAUAGAUAAGAUGGACCAAGUCGCAGUGUGGAAUACCCUGCUCGAGCUUUACCUGACUUUGCCAGGCAAGGCCCAGCCAGAGGUCAACGGAAAGGAAACCAAAGGGAAGGAGAACGCCUCAUCGAAGAAGUUCGACAAGCGGACGAUGCGAGAUAAGGCUUCGCGUGUCCUACGCAGUUCGACGAUACCCUACGACACGACACAUGCACUGAUCCUCUGUUCUACACAUGGAUUCACCCAAGGUCUCGUGCUGCUGUGGGAGAAGAUGGGCAUGUACGAAGACGUCCUUCGAUUCUGGAUGGACAAAGAGAAGGAGGGCAACACGCCUGGUGCCUCUACGAAGGUCCUUGAGCACUUAAUGAACUAUGGUCCUGAACAUCCACACCUUUACCCCCUCGUGCUGAGAUUCUUGACGAGCACACCGGAGCUGUUGAACCGGCACCAGGAGGACCUGAAGGGCAUCUUGGAGUACAUCGAUGAGGAGGGGUUGAUACCACCACUAGGCGUCAUUCAGGUGUUGAGCAGGAAUGGGGUCGCUAGUGUGGGUCUUGUGAAAGAGUGGCUGAUCAAGAGGAUCAAGGAGAGUCGGAUUGAGAUCCUGAAUGACCAGAACCUCACGAACUCGUAUCGACUAGAGUCGGCAACGAAACUCAAGCAGGUCGCUGACUUGACGAACACAGAAGAGCCAAGAGUGUUCCAUGUUACACGGUGUACACGGUGUCUUGGGCAGUUGGAUCUUCCGAGCGUGCAUUUCAUGUGCAACCAUUCGUAUCAUCAGCGGUGUAUCGCUGAGAAUGAGACUGAGUGCCCCGACUGCGCUCGAGAGCAUGCCGUCAUCCGCGAGAUCCGCCAGAACAAUCUCAGUCUCGCUGAUCAGCACGAGGUCUUCCUGUCGGAGGUGCAAGAGAGCGGUUUUGAGACGAUCGCGUUGGCCUAUGGCAGGGGUGUGUUGAACGCGCCACGGGUAGAAGAGGUGGUAUAA